AUGUCUCUUCCUGAGGAUCUAAAACCGUUGUACACGCAAUGGCUGGAGGUGGAAACCGAAAAAGCUGCUCAAAAGAAUGAAAAGCUGGGUGUGGUUUAUGGGAAAGCUUUAGAGAACUUGAAAGCUUAUGAUUCAGCUCUUGUUCAUCCAAAUCAACUCUUAGCUGUCAAGGGAAUUGGUAACAGAAUCAAAAAUGUUUUGCGCGAACGUUUACACUCUUAUUGCAAGGACUCUGGGUUUGAAUUACCAUCAGACCCGGCUUUGCGUGCAGAGAACCUUGAAAAACGGCAAAGGACCAAAAUACGAUCGUUGCAAGCUGCAGAAGAACAGGAUAACCAACCUGCAAAAAAAAGACGCAAAUACGUUCCCAAACGAAGGUCUGGGGCAUAUGCGAUCCUGUUGGCAUUGCUGGAAGCCCAUUCUUCUCGCUCAGGAUCUUCUAAAAUCGAAAUUGUUGCCUUGGCUGGCAAAUUCAGCGAUCAUAGUUUUACUUCAAAUCCUGCAUCUCGAGACUUCCACAGUGCAUGGAGCUCAAUCAAGACUCUUUUAGCUCACGAGCUGGUCGUUGAAGAAGGACGACCGAAACGCUACAUUUUGACCAAGGAAGGUGAAGAAAUGGCCCAUUCUCUGAAGAAAACUGACAAGAUCGAAUUUGAAGACGAGUUGGCUUAUCAAAAUCGCCACAACCCUGAUGGAGCAGGCUCUCCGCCAGAAUAUGAAAGCGACUCCCCGGAUUUCUCGGUCAAUUACUCUGCGCUAAUGGAAGCUUCAGCAUCUCCUAGUGUCAAAAAGUCUGGAACUACUCGCCAAGAAAGCGUCGAUCGCGAUUCUUGUGCACCUUACUUCUCUCAGCCAGCAGAUUUGAGGGCAAAUACCCUGAGUAAUCAGAGCUUGUCACACAUACCAGUUAGUCCUAUAAAGAAAGGGCGCGACAACAUAGUCAGAGCUCGUUGGGAAGGUAUAAGUUACGAGCUUUGGGAACCUGGGACCUAUGACAUCGUGCUCAUCAUUGACCACCGGGAAGUAAAAUCUAAACAAGAUCGAGAGUUCUUUGCGACCCAGCUACAAGCUAGGGGUGUUUCCGUCGAAACGCGACAACUCUCUUUGAGCGACAUGCUAUGGAUUGCUCGCAAUAAGGUUACGAAGCGUGAGUGUGUUUUGAACUUCAUGCUAGAGAGGAAAAGACUCGAUGAUUUCGCUAUGAGCAUCAUGGAUAAUCGGUUCGUGGAGCAGAAAAACAGGCUCAAAAAGACGGGCUGUAAAAAUAUUCAUUAUCUUGUGGAAGAUACGGUAAGCGACACAGCGAAUCGAAUGGCAGACGCCAUUAAGACUGCUGUUUGGAUCACUGUUGUUUACAACGGGUUCCAUGUUAAAAGAACGAAAAAUUCAGACGGUACUGUGGCAUGGCUAAGGGGGAUGACCCAAAUAAUCGAAAGCUUCUACGCUGAAAAGGCUUUGCUGGUUAUGAGCCCGCGAGAAUUGAAAAGUCAAGAAGACUACUUUAAUACAUUGCACAAAUUUCGACAACAAUUCGAGCGUAGCGAGCAUCUCGAAUGUUGUCAACGUUUCGAUUGCUUUCAAGAAAUAAUGGAUAAAAGGUCUUUAAUGACAGUAAAGGAACUUUAUCUUCGUGCUCUUUUAACUAACAAAGGUGUCUCACUGGAGAAGGCCAUUUCCAUACAAAGCAAAUUCCCCACUCUCAAGUCUCUUUUACUGGCGUAUCGGCAAUGUGAGACAGAGGCGGCUGGCAAGAAUCUUAUAGCUGACGCGCUCAAGAAUGAACCUGGAACCAGGAAAAUUGGUAAAGCUUUAUCCGUAACCUUAUGGAUGAGCUUUGGAAAGUCUUGA